AUGAAAGCUUUCUCAUCGUAUGAUGAGAAACCACCAGCACCGCCAAUUCGUUUCAGCAGCUCUGCAACGAGGGAGAAUCAGGUCGUCGGAUUGAAGCCAUUGCCCAAAGAGCCAGAAGCAACGAAAAAGAAGAAGACGAUGCCUAACCCGUUUAUGAAAAAAAACAAAGAUAAGAAGGAAGCUGCCGAGAAGCCAGUCAUCUCCCGUCCCAGCAACUUUGAGCAUACAAUUCAUGUUGGAUACGACCCGAAAACUGGAGAAUUCACGGGAAUGCCCGAGGCGUGGGCUCGUCUUCUCACUGACUCGCAAAUCUCAAAACAAGAGCAGCAACAAAAUCCACAAGCGGUUUUGGACGCUUUGAAGUACUACACUCAAGGAGAGAGCAGUGGACAGAAGUGGUUACAGUACGAUAUGAAUGAUGCACCAUCACGGACCCCAUCGUACGGAUUGAAACCGCAGCCAUAUAGUACAUCGUCGUUGCCAUAUCAUGGAAACAAGAUUCAAGAUCCACGAAAGAUGAAUCCAAUGACAUCGAGCACAAGCAAUGUUGGAUAUCACAAACAAGGAGUCCCGCCAACAACAUUCAGUGUCAACGAUAACCGAUCCAGUAUGCCUCCGAGCUACGCUCCACCACCGAUCCCACAUGGUGAGGCUCCAGCAGACAUCGUCCCACCAGCCAUUCCAGAUCGACCGGCACGAACAUUAAGCAUUUACACAAAGCCCAAGGAGGAUGAGGAGAAGAUACCAGAUCUCUCAAAAGGUCAAUUCGGCGUACAGGCACGCGGACAAAAAGCCAAGAAGAAGAUGACGGACGCCGAAGUUCUUGCCAAAUUACGUACAAUUGUAUCUAUUGGAAAUCCAGACCGCAAAUACAGAAAGGUCGACAAAAUUGGAUCUGGCGCGUCUGGAUCAGUGUACACUGCAAUUGAAAUAAGUACGGAAGCAGAAGUGGCCAUCAAACAAAUGAAUUUGAAAGACCAGCCAAAGAAAGAGUUGAUCAUCAAUGAGAUUUUGGUGAUGCGUGAGAACAAGCACGCGAAUAUCGUCAAUUACUUGGAUUCCUAUCUGGUGUGCGAGGAGUUGUGGGUGGUGAUGGAGUAUCUGGCAGGGGGAUCGCUUACAGAUGUUGUUACUGAAUGUCAGAUGGAGGAUGGAAUUAUUGCUGCGGUGUGUAGAGAAGUUCUGCAAGCACUCGAAUUCCUCCACAGCCGUCAUGUCAUUCACAGAGAUAUCAAGUCUGAUAACAUUCUUCUUGGAAUGGAUGGAUCUGUCAAAUUGACUGAUUUCGGUUUCUGCGCUCAACUGUCGCCGGAACAAAGAAAGCGCACGACGAUGGUCGGAACUCCAUACUGGAUGGCACCGGAAGUCGUGACCCGCAAACUCUACGGACCCAAGGUCGAUGUGUGGUCCCUGGGAAUCAUGGCUAUCGAGAUGGUCGAGGGAGAACCACCAUACUUGAACGAGAACCCAUUGAGGGCAAUCUACCUCAUUGCUACUAACGGCAAGCCGGACUUCCCAGGAAGGGAAUCGAUGACUCCAACAUUCAAGAACUUUGUCGAUUCGGCAUUGGAAGUACAAGUGGAAAACCGUUGGUCGGCCAGUCAACUCCUCACACAUCCAUUCCUCCGAUGCGCGAAACCACUCGCUUCGUUGUACUAUUUGAUCGUGGCGGCCAAGAAAAGUAUCGCUGAAUCUAACAAUUAG